AACAAAGUCCCACUCUCUCUCUCUCACACAUACUCUUCUCUACCUCUCGUCCCUUCUCACUCUCUUUCUCUUUCCUUCUCCUCUCACUUUCUCUCUCCAACACUCUCCCUCUACAUUUCUUAGGGUUUUCAAUCUGCUUGCGGGAGUUGGAGAUUUGACGUGCGAGCUCAACGGAUCGAGACUCUCCGCCUUGUGCUUUGAGUGGAUGGUCUAUCUAAAAGGCUUAUGCUUGAAGGGCUUGAAAUAAAAAAAAUUGAAAACUAAUGCAAGCUAUUGUUGAAAUGGGGCGGAUUGCAUUUGCAGAAUGCUACCCGUAUUAUAGAGGGAGUGAUGCUUGCUUUGAGAGUGCAAGGAUUGUUUUGCAGUUGAUGGCAUAGGCAUUGCCCGGUUAUAAAGCUGUUGAAAAAUCCUUUCUUCACUCUACUUGAUUGUUUUUUGGGGAGUGGCUGAGUAAUCACCAGGGUGUUCAUAAUAUGUAUUUGGGGUUUGACAGGAGCACAUCAGUAUUAAUUUGGUAAUAUCCAUGCUGGCAGAGAGCAUGCGUGGAAUCUGCACUUUGGGUAAUGCCCCUGACAAGAUCUGUUGUUGAUGCACUUGGUGUGGUGACUAUUUGUCUUGUUGCUCUUUUGAUUCUUCUUGGUUUGUUCUGCAUAUUGUACUCAUUUUAUUUUCGUACUCGCGUCCGUAGUCAAGGUUAUAUUCAACUUGGUUAUUUUAGUGGUCCUUGGAUUAUCCGCAUCACAUUCAUCUUGUUUGCUAUCUGGUGGGGGUUCGGGGAGAUUGUUCGGCUGCAUUUGUUGAGAAGCGAGGGAAGACUAUUGAAUGCGCUUAGCCUGAAAUGGCAGGAGACUGUUUGCAAGUGCUACAUUGUUUCAAAUCUAGGGUUUGCAGAACCUUGCCUCUUCCUCACCCUCGUAUUUCUCCUUCGGGCAUCCUUACAGAAGACGCAUUCUGGGACAUGGACCCAGAAGUGGAAUCGCAAAACAGCAGGGUGUGUUCUUCUCUAUUGCUUACCAGUGUUUGUUCUUCAGCUCAUAGUUAUUUUAAUAGGACCACAAUUUAGCAAUCACAAGAAUAUGCACAAAUUGCCGCAUUAUUUCAUAAGAACAGCUGCUGACCAUGGUGAUGUUGCCCUCUGCACUUACCCUUUAAUGAGUACUAUUCUGCUUGGUCUUUUUGCUACUGCCCUAACUAGCUAUAUGUUCUGGCUCGGAAGGCGGAUUUUACAUUUCGUCAUCAAUAAGGGUUUGCAAAAGAGAGUCUACGCGUUGAUAUUCUCCGUUUCCAGUUUCUUGCCGUUAAGGGUGCUAUUUCUUGGUUUAUCUGUUUUGUCUGGGCCAGACACUAUUCUGUUCGAAGUAUUUGCAUUCUCGGCUUUUCUUUCCUUUUUAUGUUGUGCGGGUGUUGGAAUUUGCAUGCUUGUAUACUGGCCUGUUGCCGAUUCUUUGGCAUUGAGAAAUCUACAAAAAGACAGAGAAGCUAGGAGGAGUAGUGAGGAACACAAUGACACUGCUUCACUAAUUGCUAACCAAAGCGCUCUGGAAGAAAGUAUGGAAGGUAGCCCUACGGCUUCAACAAAGCGUGGAUCGAUAUCUUUUCGGGCUAUGGAGAGAGACGAAACCUCAGGUGCAUUUGUGGAGCUGAGCCUCUUCUCCCCUAGUCAACAUUCAUCCCCACCCGGCUCACCUCGACUUCUUGGCUGGCCUAUGCUCCCUCCGACACAACAAGUACACAUGGUUCCUGAACACAGGUGAGAGGAGCAACUCAUUUUUGUGGCCAACAAAAUCUGUUUGUAAAGGGUUUAGUCUUUAAUAAGGAUUUGGUAUUUUUGUUUUGUUUUCAUUCAGGAUAUAAUGGUUGUUGAUGAUGAUUGGCUUGCUUCUUAGCCACCUUAUUUUUGUUAGGUGGAACUCUUGAUCUGUAUCUCAUAUUUUCUAUUUCUCUGUCAAAAUACGAUUCUCUCCAUGCCCCCAUGAAACGUAACUGAUGAAUGUUCCUUUCCCUUUUUCUGGUGUAUUCGGCAAUGUAG